AUGGAAGUUGUUUCCGUGGAAGCCGAUGACUUGGAAAUCGUUGACAAAAAAAGACCCAAAAAUAUCGUGCUUAAAGUCACCAAAAUUAUCCUUCUGGACAUCGUUCUGUUAGUUUUUUACUUCUUCCCAGUCAUCAUUUUUUACGUUUGGCGCCAAAAAGUUGGAUUUCGCACCGGAUUCUUCUGCAACGAUAAUUCCAUCCGAUAUCCGUACGUGAAGUCUCGCAUCAGUCAAGGCAAUAUCGCAGCACAAUCAUUACUCGUAGCACCUGUCAUCUUAAUUUUCUCGGAAAUUCUCAUUCAAUUUCGCAAUAAACGACAAUGGAGUGUCAUUUACGCACGAAUCACAAAAUAUUUCCACGGAUUCUUCAUUUGCAUGUCGUUUACGUACGUGCCAAAGCUCUUUCGUGGCACACUGAGACCACAUUUCAUGGAUGUUUGUGUACCAAAUGUGGAUUGCAGUGCACCUGAGAAUCAAUUGAGAUUUAUCGAAGACUACGAAUGUACGGGAGAGAACAAUUCUAUCGAUGUUUUCAUGUCAUUUCCGAGCGUUCAUUCAGCAGCAGCAUCGUUCAUUGCGAUUUAUUUGAUUUUUUACUUUGGCACGCGUGUGAAACAGAUUAAAGUGAGAUUAUGUUUGCAAUUUUUAUUGCUAAUCUACGCUUACUCGAUUGGGUUAUCGAGAAUUGCGGAACAUUAUCAUCACACGAGUGAUGUCAUUGCGGGAGCGGCGAUCGGAGGAUUAAGUGCUUUUGCUUCCGCGAAAUAUUUCGAAAAUUUUUUUGAAAUUCCGUGA